CAUCAAUUUUUAUUUGCACCUUCAAUCUCUCUUCGUCUUCUUUCCUACCCUAUAAUCAAUUCCUUUACAUUAAUCUCUUCAUCUCCUUCCAUGCAAAUUCGUCUUUUUCGAUAGAACAUUGUUGAUUUAAAAUUAUAUCCAAGAAGUCCCUAGCGAAGCCUUAAAUCGCCAGUCGUCAGAGAUCAGGGAUCCAGACGAGGAGUUCUGACAGAGCAAUCGCAGACGGAGAGAAUGGAACUGAGAAGAGGUGGAGUACUAGCCAAAGGGGCAGAUGCAGCGACACUUCUAGCUCUCCAUUGUGAAUCUGACCCAGAUCCAGCGCACAAAAACCCAGAUACCUCCACGGUUAUGCUUCCUCUAUAAGGAAAAAGAGAAUGUAAAAUCUGGUAGCCAAAUCAAUGGUUCUUCAUCCUCUAAACCAUGUAGUAAUGGUUCUGAUUUAUCUAAAACUUUUGAUCGAUUACGGGAUCUGUCGGUUAUUGGAAAUAAGUUAAUUAUAUGUCUGGAUCUAUUAGCAAUUUGAGCCGUAAAGCUGAGGCACAUUGUGGAGUUAGCGACGAAACCAAGAUUAAUAAGAAGAACACCAUAGCGAGAAUGUCUGAAACCCAUUCUAUAAUUGUGGAUUUUCGACUUUCGAGAGGCAUUGCACAGGUGAACGAAGGAAACUAUAUGAAAGCUAUAUCUACUUUUGAUAAGGUGCUGAAAGAAGAACCUACUUACCCUUAGGCAAUGAUAGGAAAAGGGACAGCUUAUGCAUUCCAACAAGAGGCUAUUCACUUGAACCCAGCAGCAGGCGAGGCCUGGAAGCAGAGAGGACAGGCUCGUGCUACUCUUGGGGAAUUUCCUGAGGUUAGUGGUUCCAUGUCUUCUCUACUUCUUUAUUCAGAGCUAAAAGAUGUAUGUGUUUAGGCCUGUUUAGUGCAUGCAUUUUAUGGGUAAAAAUUCAGAGAAGCCCGAGCACACACUCAAGCAUCCAAUUUGAGCCAUCGGAAUCUGCCCACAAUCCCCCCCCCCACAAUCCCGCAGUAAAGCAGAGAUGAAGAGCAAAAAAGAGAGAUUGAAGCCACACCUGCAGUAGAAGCGAGUUCAACGAACCAUGGAAGAAACUCCCUGGCCCCAAUCCACUCCAAAAGAUGCAGGAAGACGAAGAAGGAACCAAUUUUCCACAAUAAGCUGAAGGAAGCGGUGUACGGGGAAGAACUGGUCCAAUUGUGGAGAGAUGAUAAAAAGAAAGAGGGUAUCUGCGAAAGUCUUUCAGCUUUCAGUUUUGCCUUCCACUGCUCAGCAUCCCUUGGUACUAAUCUCAGGUUUUCUUGUAGUGCUCAGGAAUAGAUGCUUAACAUUCUUUCUCUAUUGAAACUAGAGGCGGCUCAGAAGUAAAACAGUUCGGUGAAUCAUAAAUAUGUUUCAGUUAUUAAUUGUACCUUUUGCUUUUCCCAUUACAAUAUGUGAUUUAUGUGGAAUCUAUGGUAUAUAUUGAAUUAAAUUUGUUUAAUUCCUACACUUUGGAAUACUAUCUGCGGUCAUUAA